ACCGGCCACCCGGUGCUCCACCGACACACGGAAAAUAACCAAACAGUCCUGUUACGCUUUUUACUGCCAGUCACAGGCAGCUGAGCAUUCCUUGGUCCAUAUAUCUGUGUAAAUACACCUAAUAUUAGUCGUUAUAGUCUGAGGCUCGCAGAGGCUUGGACGUGAUGCGAGCGAACGGGAUAGAAAUUCCCUAGUUAUUUAAAUCCAGUCACAGGCCAUCGCCGGUAUGCUAAUUUCGUAAAUUUGGAGCAGACUGAAGCAGAAGUAGGAGGCAAAAUGGGAUUCUUGCACCAGCUCCAUCUUCUCCUGUGGAAGAACAUCUCUUUGAAGAGGAGGGGAUCGUGGGUGUUGGCCUUUGAGAUCUUCAUCCCUCUCGUCCUUUUCUUCAUCCUCCUGGGUUUGAGGCAGAAGAAGCCAGCAAUUUCUGUCAAGGAAGUGUCCUUUUACAGUGCAGCCCCACUCACCUCAGCUGGCAUCAUUCCCAUCAUGCAGUCGCUGUGCCCAGAUGGACAAAGGGAUGAAUUUGGUUUCCUGCAGUACAAAAAUUCCACUGUGACCCAGCUUCUGGAGCAGAUCAGUGAAGUGGUUGAACAGAACCGACUCUUCACAUCUGACCGGCCAGGUUUGGGACAAAAGCUGGAGACGCUGCAGCAGCACCUGGAGAGUCUGAGCUCCACCCCUCUACCACCAGACUACAACUUCAACAACAGCCAAGGCUUCACGGUGGCCAGUAUAUUGAGGAAUCAGUCAGUUUUCCAGCAGUUCCUGGUCAAGAAUCUUUCCCUGUCCAACUCCACAGCCAGCCUGCUGCUCAACACUCCAGUGAGCCUCACAGAGGUGUACAGUCUUAUUUUUGGUACAUGGCUCAGAGAUCAUGGAGGGACCCAAAGUUGGAUUCAGAAGGCAAAAGACACUAAACAAAUACCCAAAGACAAAGUUCUUAAUUUGGAGGAGAAGCUGGUGGGAGGUGUACACAGUCUAGAUGGAGGUCUGAUACACAAAGCCUUACAUGACCCCACAGAAGCAGCCCACAGGCAGGCUCUGCUCAGACUCUUGUCCCAGGCUUUAGGCUUCACUGAAGUCACAGGAAGUCAGAGAGACAACCAGCAGGGGAUACAGGAGGUGGAGGGUUUACUCCUGACUGGAUCCAUGCUGGAGGCACUCACCUGUGGGGAGGGAGAUGCUCCUGAGCUCAAAAAGAUCCUCUUGGUGCCUGAGAAGCAGCAACCAGUGCUGCAGGCCUAUCGCAGCGCAGUUUGCAGUGAAGGAGAGGGUCAGAGGUCAGAGCGCUUCAGGCAGAUGAGCCUCGAGCUGAGAGAGCAGAUCAACACUCAAAGUGUCACAGAGAAGCUUCACCUGGAGCAGCCCAGUUCUUUGAUUCCUCUCUCACAGUCUCAUUUUGGAGCCCUGCUGAAGGACCUGACUGAUAUAGAGCGGCUUCUUAAAGACGUGGACCUGCUCUCUGGUCUGGCUCGCUUGCUGCCCAAAGGAGCCUGUACUGGUCGAACUCCAGCAUCCCCCACAAACAGUACCUGGCCCCUAAAUGCCACCAUGUGGGGCCCCAACACAACUGAAAUUCCUGGAGCUGAGGGGGAAGACGGACCAGAGAAAGGUGGAGAAGCAGGAGUUGGUAAAGGAAACGAAGAAGCAGACAACCCACAUUCUCAGUUUUCAGCAUUUGUACAACUGUGGGCUGGACUGCAGCCUAUUCUGUGUGGGAACAACAGGAUCAUCGAGCCGGAGGCUUUGAAACAGGGGAAUAUGAGCUCUCUGGGAUUCACCAGCAAAGAACAGAGGAAUCUGGGCCUCCUGGUUCACUUGAUGACCACAAAUCCCAAGAUCCUCUAUUCCCCCAUUGGCUCCCAAGUGGACAAAGUGAUUCAGAAGGCAAAUGAGACAUUUGCAUUUGUCGGGAAUGUGACCCAUUACACCAGGGUGUGGCUCAACAUCUCCACCCAGCUCAGGACUUUACUGGAGGAAGGACGGCUGCGCAGCUAUCUGUCGUGGCUACAACAGGUAUGCUCACAUAAAUGUCCUCUGAAGAAACCUGCAGCAGAACAGGCUAAGGAGGUACAGUGGAGGUAUACAGGGUACCCUGACACCUGGACCAACUACCUGCAGAUGGUCAGUGUUGAUGUCUUCAAGGGCUUUCCUGAUGAAGAUAGCAUUGUCAAUUACACCCUGAACCAGGCAUAUCAGGACAAUGUGUCUGUGUUUGCCAGUGUGAUUUUCCAGACAAACAAAGAUGGCUCCUUGCCACCACAUGUUUUGUACAAAAUUAGACAAAACUCAAGCUUUACAGAGAAGACAAAUGAAAUCAGAAGGGCCUACUGGCGUCCUGGACCCAACACUGGGGGAAAAUUCUACUUCCUCUAUGGUUUUGUCUGGAUCCAAGAUAUGAUAGAAAGAGCCAUCAUCAAUACGUUUGUGGGCCAUGAUGUGGUAGAGCCUGGUAACUACGUUCAGAUGUUUCCCUAUCCAUGUUACACCAGAGACGAUUUUCUGUUUGUGAUUGAGCACAUGAUGCCUCUGUGCAUGGUGAUCUCCUGGGUUUACUCAGUAGCCAUGAUGAUUCAGCACAUUGUGGCAGAGAAAGAACACCGACUCAAGGAGGUGAUGAAGAUGAUGGGUUUGAACAAUGCUGUUCACUGGGUGGCUUGGUUCAUCACCGGUUUCGUCCAGCUGUCUAUCUCUGUUACCGCUCUCACAGCCAUCUUGAAGUAUGGCCGGGUAUUGCUCCACAGUGACCCCUUCAUCAUCUGGCUCUUCCUCACCAUCUACGCCGUGGCCACCAUCAUGUUCUGUUUUUUGGUGUCAGUAAUCUACUCUAAAGCUAAACUUGCUUCAGCCUGCGGUGGAAUCAUCUACUUUCUCAGCUAUGUACCCUACAUGUAUGUGGCCAUUCGGGAAGAGGUGGCCCAUGAUAAGAUCACUGCCUUUGAGAAAUGCAUUGCUUCUCUGAUGUCCACCACAGCCUUUGGCCUUGGCUCCAAGUAUUUUGCUUUGUAUGAGGUAGCAGGUGUUGGCAUCCAGUGGCGGACUAUUAGCCAGUCACCAGUAGAAGGUGAUGACUUUAACCUGGGUCUCUCCAUGAUGAUGCUCAUCAUUGAUGCUGGAGUGUACGGUGUGCUUACCUGGUACAUAGAGGCCGUGCAUCCAGGAAUGUAUGGGCUGCCACGCCCAUGGUACUUUCCCUUGCAGAGGUCCUAUUGGUCAGGCAGUGGGCGUGUUGAGACCUGGGAUUGGCCGUGGUGUGGAGCGGGGGCUGCCAGACUCAGUGUGAUGGAGGAGGAUCAAGCAUGUGCGAUGGAGCAACGGAGGUCUGAAGAGAUGCGUGGCAUAGAGGAGGAGCCAAGCCACCUGCCCCUUGUGGUGUGUAUAGAUAAACUAACCAAAGUGUACAAGACUGGCUGCAAACUGGCCCUCAACAAACUGAGCCUCAACCUCCAUGAAAACCAGGUGGUCUCCUUCCUGGGACACAAUGGCGCUGGGAAGACCACUACCAUGUCCAUCCUGACAGGCUUGUUUCCGCCUACUUCUGGCUCUGCAACCAUAUAUGGUCAUGAUAUCCGCACUGAGAUGGAGCGUAUUCGUCAGAACCUGGGCAUGUGUCCUCAGCACAACGUCCUGUUUGACAAGCUGAGUGUGGAGGAGCACCUGUGGUUCUAUUCCAGACUCAAAGGCAUGGCUGAAGAAGACAUACGCAAGGAAAUGGACAAGAUGAUCAUUGACCUGGAGUUAUCUAACAAGCGCCACAGCUUGGUACAGACCUUGUCUGGUGGGAUGAAGAGGAAGCUGUCUGUGGCCAUCGCCUUUGUUGGAGGUUCCAGGGCUGUUAUCCUGGAUGAACCCACUGCAGGGGUGGACCCAUAUGCUCGCAGGGCCAUCUGGGAUCUCAUCCUCAAGUACAAACAGGGUCGAACGAUUCUGCUGUCCACCCACCAUAUGGAUGAAGCAGACCUUCUGGGAGAUCGCAUUGCCAUCAUCUCACAUGGGAAACUCAAGUGCUGUGGCUCACCACUGUUCCUGAAAAGCACAUAUGGAGAUGGAUACAAACUGACCCUGGUCAAAAAACAGAGUGAGAACACAGGCCAGGGCAGCCACAUGCAGCCUCCUUCAUCUCUGUCUCCAUCCUCCUUGCUGUCUCCUUGCUCAGAAGCUCGGGUCACCCAGUUUAUUCAGCAAUUUGUGGCAUCCUGUUUGCUGGUGUCUGACUCCAACACUGAGCUGUCCUACGUCCUGCCUUCUGAGGCCGUCAAGAAGGGCUGCUUUGAGAGGCUGUUUCAGGCUUUAGAGCAGAGCUUGGACAGCCUGGCCCUAACCAGCUUCGGGGUGAUGGACACCACCCUGGAGGAGGUCUUCCUUAAAGUGUCUGAGGAAGACCAGUCUCUGGAGAACAGUGAUGUUGACAUGAAGGGUUCCCCAGGGGGGAGCUCAGUGGGGAAAUCAUCAGUGGGUUCGGGAGGGCUGGGAGAGGCACCAAGUGAGACAGCACCCUCAGUGGAGAAUGAGAAGCCAGAGUUGGAGCUGAGUAAUCUCGUGAUGUGCUCCAGCCUGAGCCAGAGCCAGUCCUCCCUGAAAUCCUCCUCAUCCAUUGGCUCAGUAAGGGGGGAUGAAGGAGGACUGUAUGCAGACUUCUAUGGAGAGUACUGUCCGCUCUUUGACAAUGGCCAAGAGUCUGACUCUGCCAGUCAGAGAGCACUGUCUCCUUCACCUCCAGAAGAUUCAGAGAACCCUGUGUCCCCAAAGCUUGAGGUCCUAGAGGGGCAGGGCAGCUUCAAGCUGGACGGUUGGUGGUUAAAGCUAAGUCAGUUUCAUGGCCUCAUCGUCAAGCGGUUCCACUGUGCCAAGAGGAAUACCAAGGGCCUCUUCUCUCAGAUUCUCCUACCUGCCUUCUUUGUCUGUGUGGCAAUGACCGUGGCCUUAUCUGUACCUGAAAUCGGAGAUUUGCCACCCCUGAUAUUGUCUCCAUCGCAGUAUCAUAACUAUACCCAACCAAGGGGCAACUUCAUUCCUUACGCUAAUGAAGACAGACCGCAGUACAGGAGUAAGCUGUCACCAGACGCUAGCCCACACAUGAUAAUCAACACCCUCCGCCUGCCCUCCGGUGUGGGUGCUACUUGUGUCCUCAAAACUCCCUUCAACAGCACCCUGGACCAACUGGCCCAAACUAUCAACCCCAAUGCCAAUGAUUCCAAGACCCUGGCUGCACGCUACUUUGACUCCAUGUGUCUGGACUCCUUUACCCAGGGGGUCCCUCUCUCCAACUUUGUCCCUCCACCACCUUCACCAGCACCUUCAGAUGACCCAGACCCUCGUUUUGAGGAUGGGCUGUGGAACUUAACAGCUGCCCCACCAGCUACAGUCCAUGAGCCUGUUACGUCUCCUCCCACCCUCCCCCUGUCUAUCCAUGAGCUGGUGCGUUGCACCUGCUCUAUGCAGGGGACCGGCUUUUCCUGCCCUAGUGGGGUAGGAGGACACCCCCCACUAAUGAAGAUAGUGACAGGUGACAUUUUAGUGGACAUCACAGGUCGGAACGUCAGUGAAUAUCUGCUCUUCACAUCAGACAGAGUACGGCUACACAGAUACGGUGGUUUAACAGUGGGAAACAUCCAGAAAUCAAUUCCAGCAUCAUUUGGAAGAAAGAUACCUCCAAUGAUUCGCAAGAUAGCAGUUCGCAGAUCAGCUCAGGCUCUGUACAACAACAAAGGAUACCACAGCAUGCCAACAUAUUUGAACGUUCUCAACAACGCUAUCCUGCGUGCCAACCUGCCUCCAUCCAAAGGCAACCCUGCUGCCUAUGGUAUCACACUGACAAACCAUCCAAUGAAUAGAACCAGUGCCAGCCUCUCUUUAGACUAUUUGCUCCAAGGGACAGAUGUGGUGAUUGCCAUCUUCAUUAUUGUGGCCAUGUCCUUUGUACCAGCCAGCUUUGUAGUUUUCUUGGUGGCAGAGAAAUCCACAAAGGCCAAACAUCUGCAAUUUGUCAGUGGCUGUGACCCUGUCAUCUACUGGCUUGCUAACUAUAUUUGGGACAUGCUGAAUUACCUGGUACCUGCCACGUGCUGCAUUAUUAUUCUGUUUGUGUUCGACCUGCCAGCCUACACCUCCUCAACUAACUUCCCUGCUGUUCUCUCCCUCUUCCUUCUCUAUGGGUGGUCCAUCACUCCCAUCAUGUAUCCUGCAUCAUUCUGGUUCGAGGUCCCCAGUACAGCCUAUGUGUUUCUCAUAGUCAUCAAUCUCUUCAUAGGCAUCACUGCAACUGUUGCUACCUUUCUCCUGCAGCUCUUUGAGCAUGACAAGGAUCUAAAAAAAGUCAACAGUUACCUGAAGUCCUGUUUUCUCAUCUUCCCCAACUACAACCUGGGCCAUGGGCUGAUGGAGAUGGCCUACAAUGAGUACAUCAACGAAUAUUAUGCUAAAAUAGGACAGUUUGACAAGAUGAAGUCUCCGUUUGAGUGGGAUAUUGUGACUCGAGGACUUGUUGCCAUGACAAUCGAAGGCUUUGUUGGCUUCCUCAUCACCAUCCUCUGCCAGUACAACUUUCUCAGGAAACCUCCGAGGGUGCCAGUCAGCUGCCAGCCUAUAGAUGAUGAUGACGUAGAUGUGGCCUAUGAGAGACGAAGAGUCCUGCGAGGGGAUGCGGACAACGAUAUGUUAAAGAUCAAAAAUCUCACAAAGGUGUAUAAAUCGAGGAAGAUGGGUCGUAUCCUGGCAGUGGACCGCCUGUGUCUGGGUGUCCGGCCUGGUGAGUGUUUUGGAUUGCUGGGAGUGAACGGAGCUGGAAAAACCACUACCUUCAAGAUGCUGACAGGAGACGAGUGCACCACAGGAGGAGAGGCCUUCAUUAACGGAAACAGUAUCUUGAAGGACCUGUUACGUGUGCAGCAGAGUAUUGGCUACUGUCCACAGUUUGAUGCUCUGUUUGACGACCUGACAGCCAGAGAGCAUUUGGAGCUUUACACUCGCCUCCGUGGCAUUCCAUGGAAGGACCAGGACAGGGUGGUGCAGUGGGCAUUAGAAAAGCUAGAGUUGUCCAAGUAUGCAGACAAACCAGCUGGUACUUACAGUGGAGGAAACAAACGCAAGCUUUCCACUGCCAUCGCUCUGAUUGGAUACCCCUCGCUCAUCUUUUUGGAUGAGCCCACCACUGGAAUGGACCCGAAGGCCCGCAGAUUUCUCUGGAAUUUAAUCCUGGACAUAAUCAAGACAGGACGCUCUGUAGUGUUGACAUCACACAGCAUGGAGGAGUGCGAGGCAUUGUGCACCCGACUGGGCAUUAUGGUGAAUGGCAGGUUCAAAUGCCUCGGCAGCAUCCAGCACCUAAAGAACAGGUUUGGGGAUGGUUACAUGAUCACAGUGAGGACCAAGACAAGCUCCUAUGUGAAGGAGGUGGUUCGAUUCUUCAACAGAAACUUCCCUGAAGCUGUGUUGAAGGAGCGUCACCACACUAAGGUCCAGUACCAGCUGAAGUCUGAGCGGAUCUCCCUAGCUCAGGUCUUCAGUAAGAUGGAACAAGUGGUAGAGGUGCUGGGCAUUGAGGAUUACUCUGUCAGUCAGACAACUCUGGACAACGUGUUUGUCAAUUUUGCCAAGAAGCAGAGCGACAACCUGGAACAGCAGGAGGUGUCCCCCCCAGGUGGUGGACAGUCCCCACUGCAGCGCAUCCUAGACCUACUGAAAUCUCGACCAGCCAACACAGAGCUCAAUGCUCUGAUCAGUGAGGCGCCAGCAGAACUGGAGAGUGACGACGAUGAAGGACUCAUCAGCUUUGAAGAGGAAAGGGUACAACUCUCUUUUAACACAGACACACUCUGUUGAAAUGAACCAGUUCAAGAAAAGAGAGAUGACGAGUCACAGAGCGGGAAAAACUUGAUCCUGUUUUCUGACCUCUGAAGCCUGGAAGGGAAAAGGACCUGCAGAUUUAACCCUAAAAAGGACCAAAAUUCACAAGGGGAAAUAGGAUCAGUAGUUUAGUAUUUCAGCCUCAAAUUUCUUCCCCUAGGUGGGACUGAGGUGUUUUAGAUCAGGUUAUGUGACCUGCAACACCCAGGCAACAGCAGCAGGAGGGGUUGCCUCUGGAUUGAGGAAUGUUCCUUAUUCAUUUAUUUUGAGACUGUAUGUGUGUAACUGACUGAUGGACACGGUAGGUUAGCUACCUAUGUUUGAGAAAGAACAUAUCAUUGAUGAAACCUGACAACAUAGGUUACUUUGAGUUGAUUGUAUGCGCUCCCUGCCAAAGGCCCUCAUGUAACCAGAUUAGACCCUUGUAACUGUACCAAAACAGACCUGCAUUGAGAGCAUGCUGCAAUGACAGUAUUGUGAUACAGUCUAUUUUUCUGUGGCAAGAAUUUAUUUUGGAUAUUGAAGCAGCUAUGGGCUGGUGUGUGCUUUAUUUUGCAGUAACACGGGAUUUAGUGAAAUCCAUCCUGGAAAGUGGAGGGGGUAGACAUGUGUGAACAGCUGAUGUCAGAUGUCAGAAGGAAUGUACAAGCAUGGUUAUUGUCCUGACGAUGCCUCCCUUCUAUCAACUUGUUUUGACACUGUACAUGUGGUCUAUUUCUACAAAAUGCUCUCUGUUGUGUUUUAACAUAUUGUGUGGUGGAGUCUGCCAAGAAACUGGAUAAAGUGUAUAAUAAUGACAUCAACAAUAAUGACUCCAACUCCAGUAAAGAUAAUCUACAUUCUAACAGUCAGAAACUGAUGUGAACUCUAAUAUUCCCUGACCACGACAGCACUACCAUCACUGUGAUACUAAAAGCAACUCUCAGAUCAGUAUAUUUAUUUUAACUUGGGUCCGCUCCAUGUUUUCUAAUUUGCAGACGAUCUUGUAUUUUUUAGGGUUUUUUGGAUGGAUCAAAAUGUGCAAAAUAUCCACAAAUACAAAACAUGAAUAUUUCUAUGACUGUAUGUCGGCAUGUGAUUUUAACUGGUCUCUUAUGAGUUUUGUGGUAAUUGAGUUGUAAUCUAUUACAUCAAAAUAAUUCCUUUUUCACUCCUUUCACAGCUAACAACAAUUUUACUUUCGGUGACAUCAUGGAACUAGUGGGCUUUUUCCUACUUCAAGGGGUCAUUAUUAAACAAGAAAAACUGACUGUUGUCAUUUCUUUGUCUGAGAAUGUGAAGCUUUUUAGUUUCCUUUGGGAGUCGUAUACUAACCAAAGGCUGUUUGCUCACCAAAGGACUGGAGAGCUACAAAUAUGUCUGCAGGCAAAGGUGAUGCAUGGUAGAAAGUCCUGAUCUCAACAUCAUGGAGUCAGUGUGGGAUUACAUGAAGAGACAGAAGACACUCAAGCAGCCUGAAUCCACAGAGGAACUGUGGCAUUAUUUUUCAGUAUGCUGAACAACCUACCUGCCAAGUAGCUUGAAAAACGGCAAGUGUACCAAGGAGAAUUGGUGCUGUUUUAAAGAUACAGGAUGGUCAUGCUAAAUAAUGAUAUAUUUUCUCUUUACUGCACUUUGUAUGAAGUUAAAUGAUUAAUAAAAACUAUUAAUGGCA